CAUAUAUCUCCUCGUCCAGCUCGCUCGUUCUCUUCUUGUGUCACUUCCCAUCUCGCUGUCUGUCGUGGACAAUCAAUCUUAUCAUCAACAUCAACAUCUUUAUCCCAUCCCAUCGUUCCUCCCUGUCGGAUCCUAACCGUCGAUCGCCUCAGACCGCCAAUCAACCCCACUCCGACGCGACCAAAACAUCCCGUCUCCAACCCGGCCUCGCUGCCGGUUGAUAUCCAUUCCAUUCCACCCAUCCGUUCCAUCUCAUCAAUUCCUCGUCGGUUCAUCACAAUCGGUCGACAGGAUGGCCGCCCUCACGAUGACUCCUACCACCAUACGUCAACCUUUCGCCAGCUUGGAUGCGCCACGCAUGCGUUCCUUGCUCAGGAACAAGAUGAACCUGAAGAACAAACAGGAUGGUGCCAUUCUAUUGGGAAAGAAGCAGUCCUUGUCGGAUGUUGACUCGGAAAAUAUUGACCCAACCACUCUCAAACACUCAACUAAGCGCAAGCGUGGUGCGGAGGAUGACGGCCUGGAGCCUGCCGAGGAACCAUGCAAGCCAUUCAAGACCUCGCGCAUGGUUUUGACCACCGUGGAGACCAUUGUGACUCCUCGCAAGCCUACAACCCCUACAAAACCCACCCUGUCUACCCCCAAGUCCGCUCCCAUCCUCCGACCUGCCGGACGCUCACCACCACCCAAGUCGUGCAAGUCAUUCUCUCGUCGCUCUACUAUUGCCAAAGGCCGUCUCGAGUCGGCGAGUCGGAAGACUGUCCACCGCCCAUUCUCACUGGCCACCGCUCUGUCUGGCAAGAAGGCCAAGACCCAUUCCAGCCCCAAAGCUCCUGCUUCCUGGUCCUUCGAUAUCCAUGUGGACAACGAACAGGACGAGAUGACCAACCUCAUGCAACAUUCCACCUGUGUCCUAGACAUUAGCGACCAGGAAGGGAAAGUGGAAACCUCGGGACGCGGCAAGGAGAACGUCCCUCCCGCCGAGCUGGGCAUUGACCUUCCUCGUUCCCGUCAGCGCGAGUCCCCUGCUGCCGCGGCUCGCAAGUCUGUCAUGCUUGAGGAAUCUCGGGAGCCCCUGGGUGACCUCAGCCCCGCUGACUACUACGGUGACGAUUGCCAUGCUUUCUCGUAUGCUAUUGUGUACGAUGACGAGACCGAGGAAAAUGCCAAGGCACCUUUAUCCUCUCUAUCGCGCCCAAGCCCCAACCGCAGCAAACUUUCUACAGUUUCUUCCAUCUCUGCCUUAGUGGAAGCGACCACCCCCGCGAAGCCUAUCCUUGACCAGAAUGCCGAACCUUCGGAGGCUGAAAUCGAAAUCUGGGAGAGCGCAAGUGCUGCCGAGGAAGCGGCCGAUGCUGUCAGCGCUUGAUAGGCUUUCGCGUACCUUGUCACUUUCGUCCAUACCAUACCAACCAGAGCUCUAUUACCACGGCGUUUGGAUUCCUUUUAGGGGCU